UGAUCUGUGUAACGAUGUUUCUGAGUGUUGCGAUAAUAUAAUGAUUCUGAUGUUGGUCAUUGUGUUUAUUGUCGUAAUAGCUGGCCUUUUGCUCGUCAGUACCGUUGUGAUUGCAGUUCUAGUGGUGCUAUUACUACUACUGAUGAUGGUUUUGAUCGUCAUCGUAAUCGUUGUCGUGUUAGUAUUGCUCGUCCUAAUAGUUGGUUUGCUCGUGGUAAAAAUAUUCAUCCCAAAAAAAAAAAAACAAAGAUGUUCAUUUUAUUUGAUUCUAUAUUUGAUGAUCUCGUCUGA